UUCCCUUUCAAUCAUCCCUUUUGUCUCCUAUUUUUUCCAUGACGUCGUUUUCAUGAACCGAAAAAUAUCAUCUUCGUCAUUUUAUAUGGAAGAUAAAGACGAAGAGCUGGUCAGACUUAAACUAGCAAUCAGAUCAGCAUCGUCACCAGUAACAGUCGCGGCCCCAGCUCUUCCACCACCACCACCACCACAACAGCAACAACCGCUCUUGCUCUCAUCCUCGUUAUUGUCUUUGCUCACCCAUCCAGUUCCCCCGUCCUUGCUACUACGACAGUUUUUUCCACCUACUUCUCUUCCUCUGGAGCCACCACCUUCCCCUCCCCACCCAUCUUCCCAUCUCGCAUCUACCAAUUCCAGUCCCCACCCAUCUUCCCGUCGAGAAUCUACCAAUCCUCCCUACCCAUCUUCCCGUCGAGCAUCUACUAAUCCUCCCCACCCAUCAUCCCAUCGAACUUCUACUUCUGGCCAGAACGUGGAAGGCCCACUGCCCUCCCGAACCCGCAAAUCACCAAUGAGAAUUCUCCGACCAGGAAAGUCUGAGAACAUCCCUCAACCAUAUCCAUGGGCGACCACGCGACGAGCCAAAGUGCGAAGUGUCAGUGAUCUGCUAUCAAAAGGAAUAUUGAAAAUCACUGGUGAUGUUCAGUGUAAGCGAUGCGAGAAACGGUACCAAAUUGAAUACAAUUUGCAGGAAAAGUUUACUGAAGUAAAUACCUUCAUAACUGUCAACAUGGACAACAUGCACGAUCGUGCUCCACAAAUUUGGCAGAGUCCAAUCUUGCCCAACUGUAGAUUUUGUGAGCAGAAUAACUGUGUCAAGCCUCUUCUCGGAAAGAAGAGACGCAUCAACUGGCUCUUUCUGUUUUUGGGGCAAAUGCUUGGCUGUUGCAAACUUGCUGAACUCAAGUAUUUUUGCAAGCACACCAAGAGUCAUAGAACGGGUGCUAAAGAUAGAGUUCUUUAUCUUACUUAUCUUGGUUUACUCAAGCAACUCGACUCUUGAUUCUGAACUCCAAGUCCAGUGGAUUCCAUAUCUUUCUUAUCUUGGUUUAGGCAAGCAACUUUCAUUCUUCAUUCCGUAUUCCAAUGGAUUCCGUAUUUGAAUUGUGCUUUG